UUCAGACCCUAGACCAAAACGAAACGCGAACAUUCCCGUAGUGUAGUUUAAAAUAAUAAUAAUAAAACUAUAUAUUAUUUUUAAUUGAACAAUAAUGCGUAAUAUACGUACGCACUAGCCUGCGCCGAUCAGAAGAUUUGUAAACUCCAAACUUACUUCCGGGGUUUUUCGCCGAUUUCCGGACUACUUGUUUGAACAAACGCGCUUAGUUUUGACUUUCGUGUUGAACCUCACGAGCUAAAGAUGCGCACGGCUCAUUUAAGGUCGGUUUUCAGAGAGGCGUUUCCUGUGGUGACGAGCGGGAUGUUCGUGGUCAGCCUCGCGUCGUGUGCGGCCUUUGGCCUCCAAAGCUACUUGGACUUGUCUCAGGGGAGCCUCAGCGUAGGGGCGAGUGUUUUUGUCCGGGGGCACGUGCACACCCUCUUCACGUUCCCUUUCUACCACAGAAGCCUCACCCAGCUGCUCCUCAGCAUCUGCACCAUGGUGUUCCUCAGCGGUAGUUUGGAGAAAGGAUUUGGCACCGUUCGCUUCCUGUUUGUGUGCAUCCUGAUGUCCACCAUCACAGGUUUGUUGUACGCCUUCCUGGAUCUCCUGCAGGGGCGCAACAGGCCCACGGGGGGCUUGGUACCGAUGGCCCUCGCUUGUGUGGCCCUCACCACCACGCGCACAAAAAUGACCAAAGGGUUCCUCUGCGGCGUCAGUUUCCCCACCAUGGCUCUCCCGUGGGUGUUCGUCCUCAUGACCAGCGUGCUCAUUCCUCACACGGCUCUCCCCUGCAGCAUCAUCGCCACUCUCGUCGGAUGGAUGCACGGAAGAGGAUGGUUCUCCUUCGUGGACCUCACGGAGGCCAGGGCAGGUCUCGUGGAGAAGACGCCGCCUCUCCGCUUGCUGAGGCGCAUUAGCGUGGCGCUGUUUGUCCCAGCUUCCGCCGAGGACCGGCGGAAGACACUCCUUCCUCAAAUAAACCCAACACCGGGGUCCUACCCGGUGCAGGCCUACGCGCCGAGUGCAGACGUGGCGGUUAGUGGCUCUGCCGAGAUGCAUGAGGGUUGGUUGAACGCUGCCACUGCAGCAUCUGGACCUGCACUUUUCUCUAAUCCUCAUGUCUCUGCAACGGGCGUCAGUGGGACGAGUCACGGACACAACUGCGCACACAGCCACGGCCAGCUAUAGUUUUUUUUUUUUUCCUUCCUAUAUGCGCUUACAGGGGGGAAAAAAAUAUGCAUUGUAAUGUUCAUGUUGUAAAUACAGGUUUAGAACUGAGAAAGGGUGGUCUGUUUUUGGAGAUCACAUGGGUCAAAAUAAAGGAAUCUUAUACAAGUUCAUAAUACACUCACAUCUGUCAAUUAGCGCACACCACACAAGAAAUUAUAAAAUAUCAAACUGAGGAAAAAUACUAUCAACUCAGUUUGUAACGUCCACGUCUUCAUUUGCUUUUGUAAUGUUCAAUUGUAAAGUGACUUAACGGGCACCCUGUAUAUUUUGAAUUGUAAUAUGUACUAUGCAUAUUAAAA